CAACAACAAACUUUCACAGAGGCGAACGGGAGGAGGACCCUGCGCAAAACCUUUGUCGACGGUCAGCGAAAAAAUUAUCGACAUCUAUAAAGAUUCUCCAACCUUUACUGGAUUGUCUGGAUUCGAGACUCAGGCACCUGACGAAAGCAUAGAGAUCUUGGGCUCACCCCAAACCGUGUGUCUGCUAACGGAAUUGCUCAAUCCGAGCGAUCAACCUAAAGAAGGAGAGCAGGUCGUCGAUGAGUUGUCAGAUCUAGCGAAAAAUGUGGUCACCGUGGAGGCAGAGGUUCACGUUUCUGCAGCAGAAAAACCAACAACAGCGAUGACGAGCAUGGAGCCAAACAUGUCAAAAAAGGUGGGGGAUAUUGGUCAGCGCAAGAGGGUAAAACAUGAGGACGUGACUCAAAUGCAGUACGCAGUUUUGGUGGAACAACAGCUGAAACUACGGGAGCAAACAGAGUACUACAGGUUGAUGAACAAAAAACUCAGACGGGAAUUGGAUAUGUCUUCUGAAGAUUGA